UCCAAAUCAGCAUGACACCACUGAUCUCUUCCGCCGCACAGCCUCGCGAAAACCCAAAGCCUGAAGAGCAGAAAUUGGAGGAAUCAACAGUCUCUCUAAAGUCUAAACCCAAUCUCACCAUGAAGAGUAUACCUCUACUUCUGAUGGGCUGUGGUGGUGUUGGGCGCAAGCUCCUCGAACACAUUGUCUCUUGCAGAUCCCUUCACGCCAAGCAGGGACUCCACCUUCGAGUUGUAGGAGUGUGUGACAGUAAAUCAUUGGUUGUUGCGCCGGAUAUGCUUACAAUGGAGCUAAAUGAUAAUUUUUUAUCAGAAGUUUGUCGGGUCAAGUUGGAUGGUUCAUCUCUAUCGACGGCUGAUCAAUUUGGAGAGUGCAGAGUAUUUACUAAACCGGGGUUAACAGAGAAACUUAUAGGUGUUGCAUCUCUUUUGGGUAAAUCAACAGGUCUAGCCUUUGUGGAUUGUUCUGCUAGUUCUGAUACUAUUGGAAUGCUAACCCAAGUAGUCAAUUUGGGUUGUUGCAUAGUCCUGGCCAAUAAGAAGCCUCUUACAGCAACAAUGGAUGAUUAUGACAAAUUGGUAGCACAUCCUCGUUGCUUGCGGCAUGAAUCAACUGUUGGUGCUGGCCUACCAGUUAUAGCAUCCUUAAAUCGCAUACUUUCGUCCGGAGAUCCAGUGCAUCGUAUUAUUGGGAGUUUAAGUGGUACAUUGGGAUAUGUGAUGAGUGAACUUGAAGAUGGUAAACCGUUGAGCCAGGUUGUUAAUGCUGCGAAAAGCUUGGGAUACACCGAACCAGAUCCACGCGAUGACCUCAGUGGGAUGGAUGUUGCCAGGAAGGCUUUGAUUCUUGCUCGGCUUCUUGGCAAUCGGAUUAAUUUGGAUGACAUUAAGAUUGAGAGCUUGUACCCUGAAGAUAUGGGUCCCAAUGUAAAGUCAGUUGAAGACUUUUUGAGCAGUGGACUUGUAUCACUUGAUAAUGAUAUCCAAGAGAGAGUUAAUAAGGCUUCUUUGAAUGGCAAUGUCCUUCGCUAUGUCUGUGUGAUAGAGGGCUCAAGGUGUGAAGUUGGUAUUCAAGAGCUUCCUAAGAAUUCUCCAUUGGGAAGAUUAAGAGGAAGUGACAAUGUGCUGGAGAUAUACAGCCGGUGUUAUAAUGAACGACCUUUGGUUAUUCAAGGUGCUGGAGCUGGCAAUGAUACCACAGCAGCUGGUGUUCUUGCUGAUAUCCUUGAUAUUCAAGAUUUAUUUCCGUGACAGAAAAUGGGAGACUGUACGACCAACGAUUUAGAAGUUGAAUCUCUCUACUUCAACAGCCAGCAUAUACAGAAAGUCUCAACCAAAAAGUCUCAGAAAGUCUUAUACUUCGCGUAAAAAAUUGUGCAAUGCACCCUCUUGUUGAGCGUGUCAGCCUUUAGUGUGCCAAAGGCUGGAGAGAACUUGAAGUUUGGACAUGAAAAACCUUGCGGAGAUAAUAAUAUGUACCGAAAACUUUGAUAAAACCUUGUGGAAAUAAAGAGUUGGCAUUUAGUUUUGAGUC